CUGUUGUAGAUUCAUAAGGUUCUGUCUUUGGAUCAGAACAGAUAAUAAUUGAAAAAGUUCAUCAACCAAACAGAUUCCAAAAAUCACAAUUGUUCGUGCUGAUCUUUUUUAUUUCAUCUUUUGAUGCAAAUUUACCUUUAUUGUCCUGUCCCUUUUUUAAUAUGUCUGUUGCAAGGGUGCUGAAAAGUUUACAUUGUAAACAGUGUGCUUUAUAUAUAUGUAGACGUUUGCAGGUAUCAGCACUCUUGUGUCUUGUUACCUUGCCAUUGAAAAUACAUCAGGUCAAAGGAAGUUAUACAUCAGUUUACUCUGGACCCUUAGCAUGUAUAUUUGCCACCAGGUAGUUGGCUAGUAAAGGGGGUAUUGAAAAAAUGGUUACUUGCGGGAUAGGCUCUGCUUGGAAAAAUUUCUUGUCAAGAGUCUUGUCAAUUGAGGUAAAAGGUUGGGUUGUAGAAGGCAUGUGUAGGAAGUGUUAUGUUGCAUGGUGGUGGGACAUAGGCAGGAAAAUCUUGAUCGUUUAGAAAGGAAUGAUAUGAGUAUGGUUAGAUUAAUAUGUAACAGAGCGCAGUGAGAAACGGAGAUGUGAAGAAAAACAAAAUUGCGGACCACAGCUGGAGCAGAAGUCAUCAGUUUAAUUGGGAUGAGAAGAAAAUCAUUGACAGAGAAUCCGGAACAACGGCCAGGAAGAUUAGGGAAACCAUCAACAAUGUAGCAUGUAACAAACGCAUAAACAGCAUCUUGUAUCAAUUUCCUGAGAUUUGGUUACCAGCCGUACAGAAGAAGUAGUUACCUAAAUCUAGAUCCAAAAUGUCAUUGAAGGAUGUAGAAUGCCAGUUCGUAUGUCAAACUCUGAUGAAUGGCCAUUGGCUGAGGUAGUUAGCAAGAAAGAAAUCAGUGAUGGUGUAUGGGAGUUUUAUGUGCAUUAUAUUGAUUAUAACAAGCGACUUGAUGAGUGGGUGUCUGUUGACCGGUUAAACCUUGACAAACUGCAACCACCGAAAAUUGAGGAGAAGAAAAAGUCAGCUACAUCCAGUCAAUCACAGUCAUUGUCCAAAAACCAAUCCAAACAAAAUCUCAGUAAAAAUCAACAGCAGAGUCUUUCACAACCCCCUGCAACACCUAAUUCUCCUGAUGUGGAGCCUGUUAAUGGAACGAUGGUUAGGAACAAAUCAUCCAACAAUCUUUUCAGUAGAAAAAGAAAAGGAGCUCCAAUAGAUGAGAUUGAUUCACAAGAUAGUCCGAAACCGCCAACAACAGAAGAAAAAACAAACAACUUAAGAAGCGGUGGUAGUAUGACCACACAUGGUCAUGAUGAUGUUGUAACUAGGGUUAAAAAUAUUGAAUGGAUAGAACUUGGCAAGCACCGAAUUAAACCUUGGUACUUUUCACCAUACCCGAUUGAACUAACAAAAGUACCUUGUAUCUAUAUUUGCGAGUUUUGUCUAAAAUACGUAAAAAGCUUGGCGUGUUUGCAAAGACACAGGGAUAAAUGCUGCCUUUUUCACCCACCUGGAAACGAAAUAUAUCGCAAAGAUAAACUCUCGUUUUUUGAAAUAGAUGGAAGGAAGCACAAGGCAUAUUCACAAAAUUUAUGUUUACUGGCGAAACUGUUUUUGGAUCACAAAACGUUGUACUACGAUACAGAUCCAUUUUUGUUUUACGUUAUGACUGAGUUUGAUAGCGAAGGAUUACAUAUAGUGGGGUAUUUUUCAAAGGAAAAAGAAUCAAGCGAAGAUUACAACGUCGCCUGCAUUCUCACACUACCUUCGUAUCAACGAAUGGGAUAUGGAAAACUCCUUAUCGAAUUUAGUUACGAGCUUUCAAAAUUUGAAGGAAAAACUGGGCAUCCUGAAAAACCACUUUCCGACUUAGGCUUGUUAUCUUACAGAAGUUACUGGUCACAAACUAUACUUGAAAUAUUGCUGCAACUGAAAUGUGAGGAAGGAACAACUCCAAGUUUGACUAUUAAUGAAAUCUGUGAGAUGACGAGUAUUCGAAAAGAGGAUGUUAUAUCGACUUUGCAGCAUUUGAACUUAUUGCAAUACUAUAAAGGACAAUAUGUAAUUUGCAUAACCAAAGAUAUAUUAGACUCGCACGCUAAAUCGAUGAAAAAAAGAAAAAUACGUAUCGAUCCGAAGUGUUUACAUUGGCAACCUAAAGACUGGGCUAAACGAGGCAAAUGGUGAAAAAUAAGCACACCAGUUAUUUGCGUCGUGAAGGUCCUUGUACUGAAUCUAUAAAUAUCUAUGUCUGUAUAUACAUUUUUAAAAAUAACGUAAUUUAAACUGA